AUGGUGGAGAGCAGCGCGGACCAGACAUUGCCACGAGCGCCAAUCCCCGCGAUAGCCGGGGAUUCUAAACCACCACCUCCCAGGGCUGCAACAUUCCCCGGCUCGGUUAUCUCGGACGUCCCAUCAGGGUCAAGCAACAGCCAACAGGAUGGCCAGCGGAACUCUCGUCGUCCCAUGCCCAUUGGUGGUCCGUUGGUCAGAAACUCUACCUCGUACACGCUGCAUGAGACCCGGACCGAAUCCAGCGCCAUCGACCCGUUAUCUCAGCAUAUCAUCAAGCGCACCAAUACGCAAAAGUCCAUUCCUCUAAAGUUAUUGGGUCGGGCCUCGUACGAGGCCGAUGCCGGGAGCUCGGAGUACAACUUGUCAGAUCAUGGCGCGGCUCGGGGAGAUGCGUCAAACUUAAAGCUGCCCAAGGAAAAGAAAAAAGGCGUUUCUUUCCUAAGUCGCAUUAUUGGCACAAAGAAGAAAGAUACGUUAUCCGAGGCAGAAGAUGAUACCUCAGAAGCAGAGGCCAGUCGCAUGUCCGUCGAGACUUCGCAUCCAAUGGGGUUCAUCCCCCGGCACCCGGCCCCAUCACGGUAUAUGAAGGUUCGGGCGCAUUACAAGAAGGACAAGACAUUCGAUCGUCUGUUCUUGGCACAAGAACUGCAGGGCGGGGGCGUGCAGCAGCCCGCCGCAGGAAGACGAGGGUCAACGUCGACGAACGCCAAUGAUGAUACUGGAAGAGCGAUUUGGGCUCUGAGUUUCUCUAAAGAUGGCAAAUUUCUAGCUGCGGCGGGUCAAGAUCGAAAGGUCCGAGUAUGGGCCGUCAUCACCACACCAGAGGAGCGGGAGCAGGCCACACUAGACGGUGAUACUGCAGAGGCGCAACAGCUGAAGUUCACGGCACCGGUGUUUUCGCCCAAACCUGUCAAUGUGUACGAGGGGCAUACCGGAAGCAUUCUGGACCUGAGUUGGAGUAAAAACAACUUCCUUCUGUCCUCAUCUAUGGAUAAAACUGUCCGAUUAUGGCAUGCGAGUCGAAAUGAAUGUCUAUGCUGCUUUCAACACAGCGACUUUGUCACCUCGAUUCAAUUCCAUCCCAAAGACGAUCGAUUCUUUUUGGCAGGCUCAUUGGACUGCAAGCUACGACUCUGGAGCAUUCCAGAUAAGAGCGUGGCAUUUAUGACGACCGUACCGGAUAUGAUCACAGCAGUAGCGUUUACACCAGAUGGCCGGCAUUCAAUGGCAGGAUGUCUGAAUGGUCUACUCAACAUCUAUGACACUGAGGGUCUCAAGGUAUCAGGGCAGAUCCACGUUCGAUCAGCCCGAGGACGAAACUCGAAAGGCAAUAAGAUCACCGGCAUUGACACUAUGAUGAUCCCUGAGGACGAUCCGAACGGAGAUGUCAAAAUAUUGGUGACUAGCAAUGACUCGCGAAUCCGGCUCUAUGAUUUCCAACUGCGGACCCUCGAGGCAAAGUUUCGGGGCAAUGAAAACACUUGCAGUCAGAUCCGGGCAUCAUUUACCGAAGAUGGUAAGCAUGUUAUCUGUGGCAGUGAGGACCGUAGAGCCUAUGUCUGGCCAAUUGGGGCUGCUGAAGGAGAUUCCGACAAGCGAGCCGUGGAGGUGUUUGAAACACAGUCCGCCAUCGUCACCGUGGCUGUGACGGCGCCUGUGAAGACCAAGCAGGUUCUUGGGCUAUCGGAAGAUCCGAUCUAUGAUAUCUGCAACCCCCCGCCUGUAGCUCUCAUGAGUCCCGAGGAAGCUGUAGGAACUCCAAAGCAAUCGAGCUCCGACAUCAAAAAGCCUGAGCACAAGCACAAACGGUCUGCAUCAGCACCGCGCUUAUCCAUCGUGUCGAAAAUGGCGCACGAAUCCCCCUCGUACUUGGCUCGUUCAAAACACCCCGAUGGAAGUAUUAUCGUCAUCGCCGACUAUUCAGGCAAAAUCAAAGUCCUCCGACAAGACUGCGCCUUCCAAAAACGUCGUUACGAGAAUUGGGAUCACUCCACUAUCUCCAAGCGGCUUUUACGACGUUCCAAUUCCACACAUCAGAGUAUCGGCUCUUCAAUGAGCAAAGACUCCGCACAUAAGACCCCAUCCGAGCGAAUCGUCUCCUGGCGCAACUCCGUCAUCCGCAAUGGCCGCCCUAGCACUGAGGGAUCCCGCUCCGGUCUCCGCACCCGCAGUCCAUCUCCACAACACCGACCAGCCGCAUUUCGGCUUUCAUCCUCCCGACCCUCAAGUAUGGGUCCGAAUGAGUCUCUUUCAAUUGUCUCAAAAUCCCCGCCCCCAUCGCCUCGUAGAUCCCGUUUGGAUCAUAGCCAUAGCCACCUGGCCGAGGACUCUAACCAACAAAACGGACAUUCACCAGACCCGCGCAAACUUCCCUCUACGGCAGCCGAGAUUGUGGCUAGCGGCAAGGGCAAAGACAAUCCGCUUUGGUUGCAAGGAGAUCAUAGCUAUGCAUUCUGGAACAAGAUCACACACGAUGCAUUGGCGGCCAAGUCCCGCCAGUCGAAUGAUCUCCUCAGUCCAAAUCGCAUCCCUUCCGGAUCCGCAGGCGAUCGCAAGCUAAGUAUAUCUGGAGGCAGUGUGCUCAGCAGCGAAUAUGGAUCCUCCAUGGGCGAAACCGAUGAGGAUAUUCUGAAAUGCGAACAUUGCAGUGGUACUAACUUCCGUGGGGUCAAAGACCGGGGUGGGAAGCAGAAGUUGAUUUGCGUUCAAUGCAAUCGGUCUGUUUCUUGA